GAAAACAUGGUGUCCGCCAAAUUCUGCUCGUCGAACAAUAGAAUGUAGAAAUGUUUUUUUUGUUUUCUGUUUGUUGAACCUUCACCAUUUGGUAGACCGAAAUGGCACGGAAGUGUAACCCAUACCCGUUCCCUAGACAUGAAAAUGAUCAUACUUUCACCGGGACUAAGGAAUGCCAGAAACACCCAUUUGAAACGCCGAUCCACGUCGCGCAGAAUGAGAGCCCCUGGAGUCGUCUCAAUGACACAGCCACUCUGGCCAGUGUAAGGCGAAACGUGUGCUACUAUGAUAAAGAGGCUCCAAGAGACAGUCUCGACUUUCAUCUCAAGUCCACUUAUGACCACCAUCAAAAAUUCCAAGGCAACAAGAAUGAAACUCUUUUUCAGCGAGAAACCUAUUCUGAUGAUCAUGGGAGGAUACUGAAGAACAGACAGAAGACUGAGGCGCCCCAGUGUGGGAUUGAGAAGAGGGAGAUUCGGCUCUGGGUCAACCCACAGAAAGCUUCCAUCUACAGCAUCCAGGGAACCAUAGAAUCCCAUCACAACGCAUCUACCAAUCGUGGCUACUCGAGGAAACACGAUGGAGGAUUCUACUCAACUUAAUGGCUCCAAGCAUUGAUAAUGAUACGUGACUCACUUUUACAAUGCACAUGGAAAAUAAACAAAUUAGGAAAACAUAAAACGCACCGAGGUUAUUUCAAAGCCCUACUUUAGUCUAGAAUCACACUGUAUAAACAACCAAAAAACCUUUUGCCCACUACUGAGAGUUACCAAUAUGUAGUUAGUUCAAGGUAACGUUAGCAUAGAUAGCUAAAUUAAGCCGAAACAUCUCGGAGGUUUCUCUCAGUGGCAGCAUGUUGUGGUAGGAUCAGAAUCGCCUCUAUACUCAUUGUCCGGGCGAAAGCAAGGGUUAAAACCCAACGCCUCGUCCGAACUAGUAUAUCUGAUCAAUUCAUCACUUCAAACCACAAUUUCUUGUGUAUGC